UGUCAGUUUGGUUUGUUGAUGGCAAUUUGUGAUUUAACUUUUCAUGGAUUGUUUUUAUGCAGCGAGUUUGGUGUAAUUUACGAAGUCAUUUGGUAAGAAUGGCUAAUCUUCCGCCGAGAAAAGUGUCCUCUUCUAGUAAAGCAAAACAAGAUGCUUCUCCUCUUCAAAUACUCUUACAAAUGGGAUUUCCCAGACACCGGGCACUGAAGGCACUAUCAGCGACUGGCAAUCGCAGUGUCCAAUUGGCAUCUGAUUGGCUUCUGACUCACGUAAAUGAUGCCCAUAUUGAUGCAGAUGAGCCCAGAGAGUACAUCUUUUACGCUAGCCCCACAGGGCCCCUGCUUAGCCAGCUGCUGGAGUUCUGGGACAAGUCUAAAGAGAUCUCUGGUUGGAAUGGAGCACACAACUUUCCUCCACAUAUUACUCUGGUUUCAUUUUUUAAGGCUCCAGACGAGACUUCGCUCCAACUGGGUAAAGCAGUGAAGCAUGUGGUGGAGAAUGUGGGGGAUCCUCCUAACUGCCCACUAAAGCUGGAGCCCUAUGUGUCACACAACUUCAUGGGCUUGUUCGUCUCAGAGGAACAUGCUGACUACUUGAAAAGAAUCGCAGUGCAGUAUGUUAAACAAGUGUCCUCAGUAUUGGGUGUAAUGGUGGAUACGUAUGAACAUCUGGAUGCACUGGGAACUUGUUUCCCAUGGUGUACCAUGCCUCAAGAGAAGCCUAUCAAAUCAUCGAUAAAUUUGGAAGCUCACGUGAAGUCGCUUCACAUAACUCUGGCAUACCACUUCGAUGUCGCCGCGUUUGAUGAGCUGAAGAACUUGGUGGAUAAUAUGCAACCUGUGGACCAUUCCAGCUGGGAACUGAGGCUUUAUUCCAGGGACCCGCGAUUUGCUAAUCAUCAGGUGUACAAAGUGACUCAAGGUUACGCGCCGAACGCGAGCGAUGAGCUUGAACUGGUGCUCGGCGACUAUAUUUAUAUCGAGGAGAAAGAAUUCGCCAACUCGCCCGACGGAUGGGUGCACGGCACUUCCUGGCUCACAGGAGUCAGUGGUUAUUUGCCGGCCGUGUUUACUCGACGCACUGCCGAGUCCGACGCCUGGACGCUACACCGAGCCAUCUCACUUGGAAACAACAACAGUUCGGAUUGUAAGUCAGAAUCGGAUUCUAAUACAGACGGAGAGAUGACUACUAAUUAUCCUCAUGAGGACGCCACUCAGCUCGGACAUGAGAAGUCUGAGGAAACUUACCAGGAGUGGAACAAGUACUGGACUGCUGUGCAGUUGGAUAAGAGCGAUGGAAUACUGAAUAUAACGCAAGGUAUCCCAAUUGAAUGGAAGUCCAAUGGAAAUAAAGUGGAGGGUGAGGCAGAUGCCAAAUCGUUGAACGAGAAGCAUCGCCGCUGGAUAUUCGCCAUGCGCCACGGAGAGAGAGUAGACUUGACUUACGGACAGUGGGUGCAGCACUGCUUCGACGAAAACGGCACCUAUGUGAGGAAGGACUUGAAUCUGCCGCUCAAGUUGGGUGAAAGGACCGGUGGCAGGGACUCGUACGUGAAAGAUACGCCGCUAACGCGGGUUGGUCGCUUUCAAGCGCAGCUGGUGGGCGAAGGGCUGCGAUUGGCUGGCGUGCCCGUGACGCACGUGUACGCGUCAGCGGCGCUGCGGUGCGUUGAGACCGCGCAUGCCUUGUUAGAAGGGUUGCAAGCAGGUCCGUCGGUGAAAAUCCGCGUGGAUCCGGGGCUGUUCGAGUACAAGAUGUGGCACAUGGCUAAGGGCAUGGCGCCUUUCAUGACGCCCGAGGAACUGCAUAAGGCUGGAUUAAAUGUGGACUUGCAGUACAAGCCAUACGUGGAAGUCGAUAUCAAUACGACUGAAACAUUGGAAGAGUAUUACAAGCGAGGAGAGAAGGUUGUGCAAUCCGCUGUCAGGGAUACCGAAAAAGACGGUGGCAACAUAAUAUUCGUCGGGCACGCAGCGACACUGGACAUGACAGCCAUUGCUCUGAAACGCCUCUACGAGAACAAGACGGAGUACCCUCCGUACCAAAUCCACGGCAACCUGCUGAGAGUGCCAUACUGUGCCCUCGGGGCCAUGAGGGACAACCCCUUCCAAGUUGUCUGCCCCCCCUGCCCUCCUUCAAUCAACUCCAGCUCAGGACGCUUCGACUGGAGAAUGCUCCAAGACCUAUGAAGCAACACUCAAUAGUACGAAUAAAAUAUUUCUUGUGAUAUACGUGUAAUCAAUCGAUGUUAUUGUGAUUUAGGAAUUGCAUUUUUUUUUCUUUUGUAAGUUUGCUCUGGAAAACGUUUUGGUAUAGGUUGGUAAUUGAAACCACCCUUUGUUAUUCUUUACUUGCUUCCGCACGCGUUUUCACCUGCGUCCCUAGGGAAUUAUUCCCAAUAAAUGGAUAAAAAGUAGCAGUAGCAAUAAUUAAAUCCAUUCAGUAGUUUUUGCGUGAAAAAACAAAGUCGCAUCAAUUCUUACAAAAUUUCACGUUUAUAUUAUGCUCCCUUUUCGUCUCAAAGUAUCUAAAAUAACCUUCCAUUUUUGAUCUUUUGGUUCAAACGGUAGCGAAGGCGUCUUCCAUGAGCAACAUUUAGGUUGUAGAUUAUGCUUACGGGAAUUUCUCAUACUACAAUUUUCCGUAUCGAUAAACGACAAUGCUGAUGUGUAGUCUCUUUCCAUAUUUGUCUCGAAUUAUAAUUAUCGUGCUAUUUAUCGAUAACCUGUUUAUUGUUUAAACAAUAUACAACCUUUUUUCAAUGACAUAAAGUUGACAUGGAAAGUUUUUCUCAGUGUGCAUCCCGUAGGCAUAUUUUUAAUGUUUAUUUUUUUAAUUAGAUAAUCGAAUUUUCAUAUUUGAUACGUUCAUUUUUCAAAUGUUUUUUCAUACUAUAUAAGAAUAAUUAUUUUUUGUCUAUUUACCUUAGCUUGCUUUUAUCAUUCCUGGUGACUAUAAAACAACUAUUAAAGUAUUUAGAAGUGUAUUUUAAGAUAAUAUUACAUUUGUAACGUAAGUAAACAUGAUUCCUCUUAACACUAAAUAACUAAGGACCUGCUUUCAAAGGAAUGUUUCUAUUUUUGUGUCUAAUACACUACUCAGUGGUAUUUUAAUAUUUUAUGAAUGUUACACACUGAACAUAAUUGAUUGUAAUUUUAUUAAGAUCAACAUUGCUUAUGUGCACCAUAGUUGCUAUAAUAUUAAUUUAUCGAUAAGUACACUAUUUCGUUUCAGAAGGUUGUGUCUUUGUAAUAUUGCUAACAUGUUGCCUGCGUAUGAUAAGUCUCAAUUUGGUCAAACAGUUUAAUCUAAUCUGUGAUUAGUAAAAGAAUGCUACUUUUAGCAGGAAACAUGUUAGCUAAAUAUUAUUUAAAACCGACAAAACUUUCAAAGAUAGUAUUUUUUGCUUGUUUUGUUCUAGUCUUAAAAUCAUUGUUGUUGUCCACGGCUAACCACGCUCCCUGUAUCUAAUCAAAUACUAGACAAAUGGCAUAUCUAGUGUAAUGUGAGAGUACGGGUACACUGUCCCCGUAGCCUACGCUAGCUGAUGUACAUACGUUGUAUAAUCUGUGUACUUAUGUACUUCGUCGGUACCUGUGUAUUUUAGUGAACUGUUUACUUUGUAUGCCUUAUUAGACUGAUUAGAUAUAUGUUCAUUACACUCGUAUUAAUGUUGAUUAUAUUUGUACCUGUAUCAAAUUGGGUAAAAUAAAAACGUCUUUAUAAAUCGUAA